AUUACAGUGGUUCACUCUAGAGCCGAACAUCAGGCAGCAAUACCUUGCUCUGUCACUCACUCUAGGUAUAACCUAGCACUAACACUCUCAAAGCAUGAGCAUAAAGCCUAUGGAUAUGAUCAAUUAGCUCUAUGGAUGGCUUGGAGGUUGUCUUCAGUGUCUAUGUGCUUCUUUUGAACUCCAGCAGCCUCAAAUGACCUAGGAGAAUGCUAGAGGUCCACUCAUAUCCAUUGCUUGCUUUUCAGGCAAAAAGCCUAAAGCAUUGGUUGAUCCAGUCGCCACUGUCGGUUCAACCGGUCACACUAAGCCUGCAUGUUAUCCGUUGAAUUCCAACGUCCCCUUCUGAUGAUGUCAUUGCUCCGACGCAUUGCGCCGACGGGUGUUGGUUUAACGGCACCAUUGUGAGGUUGGAAUUUUAAAGAGAAUAGUAACCUUCAUGUGAUUUUUUUUCUGAUAUAUAAGAACACCCAAAUUUUGUGCUAGCAAAUGUACAGUUGUGCUACAUAUACUUAUAAUUAGUUACGGAAAUUUAAGUUACUAGCAAAGUUUGCUUCUGCUGGUAAAUUGGGUUGUAUUUUGUCGGAGUUCUAAUAUUAUAUGUCUAGAUUUUUCAAACUACUUUUGGUACUCAUUCAUAAUUUAGUUCCAUUACAGAAAAUCAAAUGGUAAGAAAAUAGAUAAACAAAUUUCACCCAAGUUUACACUAUUCACAGAUUGUUCAUAAAGACUAAAUUUAUGCUUGAACUGUGAUUGUGUCGCAUAUACAAUUUUCUAUAUUUCGCAAGUUGGCUAUUACUUUUCUCCUGCAAUGUAUGUGGAUAUCACGUAUUAGUAAACAUGUAUGUGCAUUACAGUAGGAGAAAAAAAAAUAACGAGGUGGUAUCAUAAUCUACUUGUACAAUAUAAAGAGAGAAAUUUUAGCUUUGAUUCUGGUUAUCCCCAAACCGUUAGGUGCACCACCCAAAUCUUCAACCUACCAUACUUUGAGGUUAGCUACACGGUUUCAUUAUAGCCUACAGACGGCAGUCGCCUUUUUCUAUGAUAAAUAAUAUUGUAAGUUGUAUGAAUGAAAUUUAAAUAAGCUCAGAAUAUAAAAUUUAUAUAUUGUAGUUAGUUGGAGGCAAACAUAAUUUUAGUAGAGAAAAUUUCUUAUAUGCCACUAGAGAAAAACUUGAUUCCCUAUAUAUAUGGCACUAGAAAAUUUUACUCCCGUUUAUUGACACAAAAUUUUUUACUUCAUUCUCUUUUUUUUGACACUGCCGUUACAUCUGUUAGCAUCUUGUUAGAAAUCACUGUGAUCAUAUAUAUUAGAGUUUAAUUUAUGGAUCACACUACCCCUAACAAAAUUAGUGGGCCUCUUGUUGACUGACUCCUCCCUCCCCUGGGCCUCCCCGCCCUUCCUUCUCUCGCGAACAGACGCGCCUCCCCGCCCUCUGCUCGUUUCUUUCCCCACGCUAGAUCUACAACAGCGGUGGCGGCGGGCAGGCUGUACGUGGGUGGCUGCGGCGGAGGGCAAGUUCCCAUCGGCUGCAGCAGCGGGCAAGGCGGAAUCCCACAUGUUCAGGCUCGCCAUGUUGCGGCUUCAAGAUCGUGACACAACUUGCAGGAAGGCUAUCGCCGCCGCUGCUGGAUUGCAGCAGCUCAUCAUAUUACCAGCUGAACUUGAUGACCAGGGGUCAUUGUAGCAGAUUGCUGAUGAGAAUGUGCGGCCUGAUCUUUUGAGCAGGCACGAGUACUUCCCCGCGUCUUAAGAUGAGUAAAGUAUCCUAAAUUUUCUAGUGCCAUACAGGGGAACCAUAUUUUUUUUCCAGUGCUAUAUAGGGAAUUUUCUCAUAUAGUGUUUCCCAAGAAAACACAUGCACAUAGAAUUGUAUUAUGCAUUAUAUAUAUACUCGAUCCGAUCCCUUCCAAAUUAUACCAUGUAUAUGUAUCUGGACAUAGCCUAUAUCGAUGUGUAUUUGGAAUAGAGGGAGUAAUACUGUUGUGGCCUCAUAUCUUUGCUUUUUUGGCACUAGCGUACCAUAGGCACCGAUGCUAAUAUUUUUGGUCACUUCAUUUCUCAGGUCACGGUAUCUGUCUACGUGUUUAGCAAGUCGUGGUCACCCUCAGCUGACAACAGGUUAUUAGCUGCAGCAAUUCUGCUUUUCAUCCUUGGGGUAUUCAGAUGCUUUGAGAAGCCAUUUGCUCUUAGGAGGGCUAGCUUUAAUAGCUUGGUCACCUCUUUCCGUCCAGCCCCGAUGACUGAGAGUACCAACAGAGAAGUUGUGCUUGAAAAGUAUAUACAACAAGCAAUUGAUUUUGUCCAACGUAACCAAGAUCCUCCAACAUUGGACAAGGUUGGAAAACAUAAACACUUUGGCCAGCUCUCUAAGCCUGACAUGAUGUUUGUGGACUUUGCGUAUGCCUAUGAUCUCCGUCUUGAGAAGCUGGAAUCCUUGUGGCUGCUGGAUGUCAAAACAGCUUUUGAGGCGCUACGCCAAGAGAUCUACAACACAUUCAAUCUUAUUUAUACAAAGCAUUGGCAAUACCCUGAUGAAAACAAAGAUACAGAUUAUUUGGCUACCUUAUUUUCAAUCCUUUUGUGGAAUAUUACCUUGACAUUUCCAAUUGCUUGCAUAGUCCUCUUCCACAUUAGCCAUAAAGAAGGUUACAGGGGAAGUGACAUCAAGGUUACAUAUUUGUUGUUGUACAUCACAUACUUUUCAGAGAUUCUCUCCGCGCCUGGAAGAAUAUUUUCUGGUUGGUGGAAAAGCAUUGCUCUUGCUUGGUUAAGAUCAUUUCGUUCCCGCUCACCAGUUGUGGUUGCCCAACAUAGCCUUAUAGGAGGAGUCUUGGCUGGUAACAAAGAGUUCUCAAUUUUAUCACGCAUUGGAAAAUGCUUCAAAUGCCAGGAUUUUCUUCACCACUAUAUCUUUGGGCGGUGCCACUCACCUGAUGCCGAGAGCAUUACAAACUUGGUUCGUUGUCAUGUCAAAGAUGGAUGGAUGUUUCAUAUAAGGGAUGUUGAGAGUUACUGGGAGUUUAGUGAUUUCAGGGGCCACCAAACACUUGAGCAUAAUGGAUGUGAAGAGAACCUUGGAUGGAGUAUAGAGAAGCCAUUUGAUGAGAGCAUCCUACUCUGGCAUGUGGCCACAGAUUUUUUGCUUCUAUCGUAGGGCCAAGGAUUCACCUACUGAUCCUAUAUAUGCUUCCAUCUUGCCUAGAAAGAUCUCCAACUACAUGAUGUAUCUGUUGUCUUCUAAAUCUGAGAUGUUGUUGCCUGGAAGUAGAGUCACUUUGUUCCAUACCGCCUAUAAGAAACUCAAUGGAAUCCUCCAAGGUGGCGGUGGUGUAUCAGCCUCCAACAAGGAACAACUUGCGGAAAAGAUAAUAAGUAAGGGCGUAAGGCAGAGAAUCCUGAUGAAGAGGGUAGUAAGGUAGAGAAUUCAUAUGAAGAUCGCUUUCUUCAUGAUGCUUGGCUGCUUGCUCAAGCUCUGAUGCAAUUAGAUGAUGAUGAUGACAAAAUGUGGAAAGUAAUCAGAGGUGUAUGGGUUGAGAUGCUCUGCUUUUCUGCACGUAGAUGCAGGGGUUACCUGCACGCCAAGAGCCUCUGUAACGG